AUGGCAGCUCGGCGUGCGCUGAAAGCUGUCUUGGUGGAUCUCAGCGGCACACUUCACAUUGAAGACUCAGCUGUGCCAGGCGCGCAGGAAGCUCUUAAAAGGCUGCGCAGUGCUCCAGUUACCAUUCGAUUUGUGACGAACACAACGAAGGAGUGCAAGAGAGACCUGCUGGAGAGGCUGACGAAACUGGGAUUUGACAUUGCAGAAAACGAGAUCUUCACGUCUCUGACAGCAGCCAGAAAUCUUUUGGAGCAAAAGCAGGUGCGGCCUUUGCUGCUGGUGGACGAUAAGGCCCUGCCUGAUUUCACAGGGAUAGCCACUGAUGACCCCAAUGCAGUGGUGGUAGGACUGGCUCCUGAGCGCUUUCACUACGAAAUGAUGAACAGAGCGUUUCAGUAA